GAGAGGCCUAAGCUGUCGGCGCAGAGUUGAGUUUACUGGGGCGCGACGGGUUUCGUUAAAGGCCCCCAGGAGCCGGUGGGAGCUGUAGGGGUAACCAGGCAAGACUCUAGACGCUGUGGGCGCCGCGGCACUCAGGAGUCCCCCUACCGGAGAGCGUGCCCCCCUUCGCCCGGCUCCUGGUUUUCUCCGGCUGCCGGCCCGCUCCCGGAAGCCGUGCAGCUGGUAACAAAGAGCCCGCCAGGCCGCCGCUGCCCGUGCUGCGGGAUCCAGGAGCCGGCGCAACUGCUGGGGUUGAGCGCAAGUCGGGCCAUGAGUCCAGGUUCGCGGCGGUGAGGGGCGGCGGCCGGCGGCCGAGGCGCUGGUGCGGGCCGAGAGGCGGGUGCCUCCUUCCUCGCCGCCCGCGGGAGCCGGGGUGCAGGUGCCUCUCAUCUCCCACACAGGAGAGCGGCUUCACGACCUUUCCCUGGCGGCGCCUGGCCUUCAACUGCAGGAGAUCGAAGCUCAUGCCCGGCUGCCAAACCCUGGAUUUCUCUGCAGGACUCCGAGAGCACCGGGUUCUUACCCGAGGUGUCCUGAAGCUUUGUGUGAAGAAGCUGAGGAAACCCGACGGUUUUUGCUUUUAAUAAAAAGUUUUUAUAAGUGUGCAUUUUUAGAGAAUUUUGCAGAGUUUGAAGUACUCGCUACCUCUUCGCACCCUUUUUCUUGCUCCUGGAGUCUUUCCUCCUCAGCUGUAAACAUUUCUACUAUUGGAGCAGACCAGGGAUGAACAUUUUGUAAUUGAAAGUGUAACUUAAAACCACGUCGAGACUGUAGUCAAGAUGGACAAAAAGUCCUUUGAAACGGUGUUGGAUGAAAUUAGAAAGGCUGUUCUGACAGAGUACAAAUUAAAAGCAAUUGAAUAUGUGCAUGGAUAUUUCUCUAGUGAACAGGUGGUUGAUUUACUGAGAUACUUCUCCUGGGCUGAGCCUCAGUUAAAGGCAAUGAAAGCAUUACAGCAUAAAAUGGUGGCUGUUCACCCAGCAGAAGUGGUCAAUAUACUCAAUUGUUUCACCUUCAGUAAAGACAAGCUAGUUGCUCUUGAACUGUUAGCUUCAAACAUCGUUGAUGCACAGAACUCUCGUCCCAUCGAAGAUUUAUUCAGGAUAAAUAUGUCUGAGAAGAAACGAUGCAAGAGAGUACUGGAACAGGCUUUUAAGGGGGGCUGCAAAGCUCCUCAUGCUAUGAUAUCUUCUUGUGGAACCAUCCCAGGAAAUCCAUAUCCCAAAGGAAAACCUAGCCGCAUAAAUGGAAUUUUCCCAGGAACCCCCUUGAAAAAAGAUGGUGAAGAAUGUACUAAUGAAGGCAAAGGAAUAGCUGCACGGAUUCUUGGACCGUCCAAACCGCCUCCUUCAACGUACAAUCCACAUAAGCCUGUUCCCUAUCCAAUACCUCCAUGCCGGCCGCACGCAACCAUUGCACCAAGUGCUUAUAACAAUGCAGGUCUCGUCCCGUUAGCCAACGUCAUAGCUCCGGGUGUACCCCCUCCACCUCCAUAUACUCCUAAUCCAGUAGGAACAGAAAAUGAAGACCUUUCCAAUCAGUCAAAACCUACACAGAAUCAAACGUUUUCUACCCCAGCAAGUCAGCUCUUCUCUCCUCAUGGUUCCAAUCCUUCAACGCCUGCUGUGACUCCCGUCCCUACGGCGUCCCCAGUGAAGGCAGUAAACCAUCCAUCAGCAUCAGUAACUGCGACCGUGUCCGGACUGAACAUGGCGAAUACCGUCCUUCCCGUGUUCCCAGGGCAGGUCUCCUCGGCCAUUCAUACGCCUCAGCCAUCAACGCCAAAUCCAACGGUUAUCAGAACCCCUUCUCUGCCUGCGGCACCAGUUACCUCUGUCCACAGUACAACAUCAGCUCCUGUCCCGUCGGUUUUUUCUGGCCUGGUGCCCCUGCCAGGUCCUUCCGCUCCUCCUGUCCCAGCCCCUCAGGCUACGUCCACACCUCGGGCCACUCCUGCUUCCAAUGAAACAUUUGCUUCGACUUCUGCCCCUUUCACUGGCCUCCCUUUUCCUGCCACCUCUACUGCUGCUUCUACCAACAAUGCCAGUUCUGCUUCACUGUCGUCAGUGUUUGCAGGUCUGCCCUUGCCCUUAACGCCGACAUCCCAAGGGGUGUCCAACCCUGCUCCCUCUGUCAUUGCCGGGGGCUCUGCUCCCAGUGUGGCCUGUCCGCUCGGUGUAAAUAAUCCCCUUCUGUCUGCUUUGAAAGGCUUUCUGACGUCGAAUGAUACCAACUUAAUCAACUCCUCCGCUCUGUCCUCUGCUGUUACAAGCGGACUGGCUUCCCUGCCUUCUCUCACUAACCAGAACUCCGAUUCACCGGCUUCAGGCUCCAAGUGCUAUGCCCCCUCGGCCGUUCCCGCCCCGCCGAGGUCCACGCCCGGGCUGGCCAUGUUCCCCAGCCUGCCCUCGACCGCGGCCAACUCCGCUCCCACCGCGACGACUUUGCCCGCACCCUCUCCGCUGGUGACGCCCACGUCGUGCUCGGCUUCGGCGCCGGCCAGCUGUGGCUCCUCCGCUGCGCUCUUGCAGGGCCCCCACGCGAGUAACUCAGAGCUGCACGCGGCGUCUGCCCCAGCUGUCACAACCCUGCCCGUCAUGAUCAAAACGGAGCCCACCAGCCCCACCCCCUCGGCCUUCAAAGGCCCCGCCCACUCUGGGAACCCCGCCCCCGGCACCCUAGGUCUGUCAGGGACGCUGGGCCGCGCCUACACGUCAGCAUCGGUGCCCAUCAGUUUGUCCACCUGCCUUAAUCCUGCGCUGUCGGGCCUCUCCGGUUUGACGACUCCCUUGAACGUGUCCAACCCCAUCUCCAUCGCCCUGCCGCCGCACGCUUCCUCCGCUCCCAUCACGCCGGUGUUCACUGCGCUCCCUCCGUUUACUUCUCUGACCAAUAAUUUCCCUUUAACGGGCAACCCGCCUCUCAACCCGUCCGUGUCAGUGUCUCUCCCAGGCCCCUUGAUAGCCACCUCGUCCGCCGCUGUCACGUCCGCACCCGGCCCUCCGCCGAGUUCCAGCGCAGCCGUUCUCUCAGGGCUCUCCGCCUCGGCGCCGGUGUCGGCGGCGCCUUUCCCCCUCAACCUGUCCGCCGGCGUCCCCUCCCUCUUCUCCGUCACGCAGGGACCCCUGCCGUCUUCCAACCCCUCCUACCCCGGCUUUUCGGUCUCCAACACCCCCAGCGUCGCCCCCGCCCUGCCCUCGUUCCCGGGGCUGCAGGCUCCGUCCACGGUGGCGGCCGUCACCCCGCUGCCCGUCGCGGCCACCACCCCGUCGCCCGCUCCCGUGCUCCCGGGAUUCGCUUCAGCUUUCAGCUCCAAUUUCAACUCUGCUCUCGUUGCACAAGCCGGCUUAUCAUCUGGCCUUCAAGCUGCAGGCAGUUCUGUGUUUCCUGGCCUUCUGUCCCUCCCAGGUAUCCCAGGGUUCUCCCAGAACCCUUCACAGUCCUCCUUGCAAGAAUUACAGCAUAAUGCCGCUGCACAGUCAGCCUUGUUACAGCAGGUGCACUCAGCUUCGGCUCUGGAAAGCUAUUCAGCUCAGCCAGAUGGGUUUCCUAGUUAUCCUUCAACACCAGGAACACCGUUUUCUUUGCAACCAGGCUUGUCCCAAAGUGGGUGGCAGUGAAUAAAUUUUAAUUUGUAUUCUCCUUUGGAGCAACAUCAGAAAUGCCUAAGGACUGCAGUGAACAAUCUGACUAAUGUCAAGUUGGCGA